AUGGCCUCUGGAUACGGUCUUCACGGAGGCAUGUGCUCGGAGCUCCUCGGCUGCUACGUUGUGAACACCACUGGCGAGGACCAUUCCGGCAAGAAGAAGUGUGGUCUGGCACUGGAGGACUACUACGAGUGUCUGCAUCACAAGAAGGAGGCUGCGAGAACGAGGGCACUCCAGGCCGCCUACCGAAAGGCCGAGUCAGCCAGCGCACGAGACAAUGCCCCGAGUGUCGGUCAAAUACGCAAUCUGGGACUUAUCGGCAAGGAGGAUGACACCAAGGCCGUGACGGGGAUUUGA